AUGAGUUCCUACGUGUCCCAAUACCCGCCGGCUGUUGAGUUCGACCCUGCAUACAAGAAAUUCUUCGAGGACUUCUACGCUACGUCCGAUGCAGCCGAAGCGCAUGAGGAAUACGUCCAGUACUUCACUAAGGAUGCAACCCUCGUCAUGGUCUCCAAGAGGGUAGUAGGCCGGGAAGUGUUUCCGUUCGGUCCGAAGUCAGACGAGGUCAUGUUGUACGGGACGGUCAAGUACGGCUUCAAGGCAGGCGGAGAAGCCAGCAAAGAUUGGGCUGCAAGGGCGCACCUAGUCAAGGAGGACGGUGGCAAGGUGAAGAUGAACUUCUAUCAAGUCUACCUGGUGCGACACUCACCUCCUGUUCGCGUUCGUAUAUGUGGACUUGAAGCUAACCACGAUGCUCAGGAUACCGGAGCUUAG